AUGGCAAAUCAUCGUAAAAAAGGCAAGUUCUUGUUCUUAUCUGUGUUGAGCUUUACUCUGUUUGUUUCAGAUUUGUUGAUUCCUUCCCAGCGUUUGUCUUGCCCCGUUGUUGUUGUUCUUGCAUCAAAUUUAGACCCAUCUUCGAAUUCAAACUCAGAAACUGCUAAAGACCCCAUAAAUGAUAAUCCCACUGAGGAAAAAACCGAUCUUGUCAGCAUACACGAUGUUGUUUUCUCGAAAGAACUUGAAAAACUGCAAGAAUUAGUUCAAAACCUCACCCAACUGGUUGCUAGGUUAGAAUCCCAUUCCACCGAGUGCCCCUUGAAGGCAGAGAACAACCUACCUUUAUCCUCAUCGUCUCACGGGCAAGCUCAAAACAUCGAUAAGACGAAACAAGAAACCGAAAUUUCCACGGAAGAUGAAAUCUUGCAGGCAAAUGGACGGAAAAAAAGGGGAGGAGCUAUUUUCAAAUACAACACUUUCUGGUCGGAGAAGUUCCAGUUCGUGUCGGCCGUGAAAUUACGGUUCAGCCCCACCUUCCUCAACGUGCUCCCGUUCAAAGAUCACGAUGGCGUGAGCAAAUAUUUCUCGGUUGGGGACUUCAACGGCAAAUUAAUGAUCUUCUCGAAAAACGGGGACUUAUCCUUGGAGCUCGACACGUUUUCCGACCCGUCCGAGUACUCCCCCGCAACAGCUGUCGUCUCCGUGCUCUCCGUCUUCAAAAACGAGACCUUAAUCGCCACCGGACACGAGAAUGGCAUUAUCGUAAUUAACCGCGUGUGGGAAACCUCAGAUGACUGGAAAAGCUCCCUCCUCCGCGCGGAGAGGGUCGGGAGGUUCGAGACUCCUGGUGGGGCCCGCAUAAAUUUAUUAGAAGCCCACCAAAUGGGCCGAAAGAGGUACAUCAUCGCCUCCGACAAUGGGGGAAAGCUCCGAGUUUUGGGAGAAGACGGGUCUUUAUACGGGUCGAUUAGCCCGGGAAGGCGACCCGUUUCGUUCUUGAAACAAAGGCUUUUGUUCCUAACCGAGACGGGCGCCGGUUCGCUCGAUUUACGUAACAUGAGACUAAAAGAAACCGAAUGCGAAGGGCUAAACAAUUCCUUCGUGAAGAAUUACGUUUUUGACGUGGUCGACCGGACUAAAGCGUACGGUCUCACCUCCGAGGGCGAUUUGGUCCAUACGCUAUUAUUAGGCGACGCCAUGAAUUUCAAGUGUCGGGUCCGGUCCAAGAGGAGGCUCGACUUUGACCACCGGUUAGUGGCUCUGCAGGCCAUCCGCGGCUACUUGUUGCUCGCGAACGAGGAUAAAGUCCACGUGUACAACGUGUCGACUCAGCAUUAUGUUCGGUCUGGUGGGCCCCGACACGUUUUUUCAGUGGGCCUCGACGAGAUCUUAUCGUCCUUCCUCAAUCAGCAAGCCGCGGUCGAUGACUUAGUAAACUACGAAGCGGGCCCGGGCCAGGGCCCGUUGGUCGCGAGCGAUUACGACAAAAUAAUCGUGUUGAGCCUCGGAAAUGGUUACAUAGCGAUGUACCGUUCGAAUCUUCCGGUUUUCAAGAACGAGUUUAAUAGUAUUUUGUGGACGAGCCCGGUUUUGUUCUUUAUCGUCUUCCUCUUCGUCGUGUGGCAUUUCUUCGCCAACAAGAAGGACACGCUCACUUCGUGGGGCCCGGACGAGCCUUUCUUGAGUGGGGGUGGGCCUACGUCUGGAUUGGGCCCGAAUUCAGGCCCGAACGAGAGAUUGGGCCCGAGCCCGUUUGCUGGUUCUGCAGAAUCUUCGAGUCGUUCGUCUGAGAUCAUGGAUUUGAGGGCCGGGGGAAGCGGGCUGCGGGCCCCAGCAAGAUAUGUCUCAUCGGGUGAUUACUCGACGAGCAGUGGGAUUGGGGGAAGUCUUGGUGGGUCGUAUAGGGUUGGUGGAGGGGAUUUGGACACGAGGCUCGGGCAAAUGGAUGCACGUUUUAGGAAUGUGGGUUCGGAGCUGAAGUACAGAACUGGACCACAUGUCGAUGGUGUGGGCAUGAAGAGGAGAGAAGCGUUUUACGUAAAUAGUCAAGUAGUGGAUGAGAGGUAA